AGCGUAUACGACUUUUGGGUGACAACGGGUUCGCGGUGGCCGACACUCAGAGAGCUGGCUUUGAAUGUGUUCAGCUUAGUCGCUUCGAGUGCUGCAUCCAAGCGCACGUUUUCGACUAGAAACUUCAUUCACAACAAACUUAGAAAUGCGCUGAGUGCACCGAAAAUCGAAAAGCUUCUUUACAUCAAGGCCAAC